UUUUCUCCUGCAGACAAUCCCUUGAUAUGCGACUGCAGACUCGCAUGGCUCUUGCCCGAGAGCAGCGAAGUUCGAGUCGUCGAGUAUCCUAUCUGCGACGGGCCAUGGUGGCUUAGAGGACAGCCGCUCCUGAACCUAACAGAACGAGAUUUGCUCAGACGGGAAGAAGGCUGCGACUCGGGCUGUCGCUGCGAGUGCCACAAGGAUUCGCUCGGACAAGGAUCGAUUGGUGUCAACUGCUCGUCGGUGGCAACGGGCCGCAUUCCCAAGGCGUUUCCCCGAGGCACGACUGAAUUGGAUUUGAGCGGAAACCGGCUCAAACACCUCGGCGACUUCGGCACAAAGGCAGCGCUACAUUUGCGAGUCCUGUCGAUCAAAAACAAUCUGCUUGAGAGCAUCAACGUGACAGACAUUCCAGAAGGCGUGAACUCCCUCGACUUGAGUGACAAUAUCCUGCGCCACCUGCCAUACGACCUCGUAACAAGUCGGAAGCUCACUUCCUUAUGGCUAUCUGGAAAUCAUUUUACUUGCGACUGUGCCGACUACAGAUUCAGGCGGUGGAUUCAAGCUCAUCAAAACGUGAUACGGGAUGCAAAAGAUAUCAUAUGUGCCGAAAGCCCGAGCCCAGGAGUGUCUGGAAAGGCGCUUCUUACGUUAGGGGAGAAGGACCUUUGCCCAACCGUGGUGCCGAGAGGGACAACGUACCUCCUCCUGUCCAUGGGGCUCCUGGCGAUCCUUCUGGCUCUAGCGGCAACCUACCUGCACAAGAAGCGGAGGCUCAACGCUUGGCUUCGCGACUGCAGCUUCUGCGGAUUGUCACCGUGCAUCUCGGAGGACACGGACAAGCUCUUCGACGUCUUCGUCUCCUUCAGCAGCAGGGACUUCGGCUUGGUGCAUGACCAGAUCCUUCCGCUACUGGCAGCUCACGGGUUCACGUACUGCACUUACGAGCGCAACUUCAAGGGCGGCUUUCUCCUGCAAGACAUCAUUCGCGAUGCCGUGGCCUGCUCCAGGAGGACACUGCUCGUCUUGACCAAGAACUUCGCGUUGAGCGAAUGGUGUCGCUGGGAGUUCCGGUUCGCCCAACAGCGCGCCCUACUGGACCACGUCAACCUGCUGGUCAUUGUCUUGGUGGACGAGGAGGCACUGGACGCCUUGGACGAAGACCUGUGCCGGUACGUGCGCGAAGCCAACCAUCUGCGCUGGGGCGAGCCCAACUUCCAGAAGAGGCUGCUGCACUCACUGCCCAAGAGAAACGCGAAGAGGAAGCUCAUAGGCGACAGCCAGGGAUUUGCGCCGAACACCGUGAUCGACGUUGUUAGCACCCAAGAUGCGGAGCCGUUUUCUCCGAGCACGUAUCUCAGACUCGGUCCGCAAGGACAGUGUUCUAACGUCAACUCUGAGGAAAUAUCACUUUGACUACUUUGAAUAAAAAAAUAUGUUGCGUGUAAUAAGGGGGAACGAAUCUUGCCAAGUCUUCAGGGCUGGUAACUGUGACAUUUCUUUCUGUUAUAGCUGCCUUCAAAUAGAAGCUGAGCAGACGACGCGUGCACCUUGGCCUGUAUUAUGGAAAACAUCUAACGCUAUAAUUGUCCGUAGGGAAAAGAAUGAUGGCGAAUAGUGUGCUGGAUAAUUCGUUAGCGACGGCGGACUACUAUUAGUAAAAAGCUUUGUGAAUACGGGGCCCUAUGCUGCUUAGCGCAUAUGAUGCAAGUGCCAGGAAGUCGUCUCCGCUAUCUUUCAGCGCGCCUCGUCCAGCCGCGGAAGCUCCCUAAACUCGGAGUUAGCGCCCACGUACGCGCGCUCUGAGUCAUAUGCGUUGCUUCCAGUGAGCACUUGUCGCGCACUAUAUUGUGUCAGAAACGUCUGCUUUUGCGAAAUUUUUGUGACGUAUCUACUAGUAAAUAAAACGUAGAAUUUUUCACGAAGGCCGCCGCAAAUUGAUACUAGCAGAAAGUAGGUCUUUUAGGCCAACCAGAAUUUCAUUGUGGAAGUUCUUGAAGGUAAUAAAGUGGGGCUGCUUUGUUCA